AUGAUUCGUGAUUCUCGCGGUUAUUUAAAUAAAGCGUGGGAAGAAACGGCACGCCGCAGAGUAAAUGAUGAGACUUUGAAGAGAAAUAGUUUACAAGUAGGAGUGCACCUAAUAAGGGAUUUCACUGCUCACUCGAUGCCGGAGACUAACCAAGCAAUUCUGCUUUCUAUAGGCGACGUCUUCGAAAUCUUUAUUGGCGACAGAAUGAUCCAGACGCCAGAGGAACCACCCGUUUAG